GGUGUCCGGAUACGCGGAAUUUACGAUCUCGUGCUGAGGAACAUGAAGCGCGAGCACACAUGAAUUUAUCCCAACCCUGCAAACGGAGCAACAAUAAAGGCAUUCAGGUUCAAACUGCUGAGGAUUACCAAAACCAGGACAUGAAGCCAAAACGGGUUUAAAAAGAGAGUGUGUGUGUCUGGACGAUUGUGUGUUCUUCCCCGUCAUGGCUCCUGGCUCAGUUGGCGAGUUUCCCUCUUCCCUCUUGCUCCUGCUGGCUCUCCUGCUCUCCUCACUGUCCAGCACCUGCCAUGCCUUGUCUUCCCCCAAGUUCACAAAGAUCCCGACAGAUCAGAUAGGAGUGUCCGGUGGUGUGGUGUCCUUCGUGUGUCAAGCCGCAGGCGACCCAAAGCCACAAGUCGUCUGGAACAAAAAGGGCAAAAAGGUCAACUCUCAGAGGAUAGAGACCAUAGAGUUUGAUGAAGGAGCGGGGGCGGUGCUUCGUAUCCAGCCACUGCGAGCACCACGGGACGAGAAUGUUUAUGAGUGUGUGGCCCGGAACAGCGAGGGCGAAAUCGCAGUCACCUCCAAGCUGUCCAUUAUCAGAGAGGACCUGCUGCCCUUUGGCUUCCCCAGUAUAGACAUGGGUCCCCAGUUGAAGGUGGUGGAGAGAACGCGCACUGCCACGAUGCUCUGCGCUGCCAGUGGCAUCCCUGAUCCAGAGAUCUCCUGGUUCAAAGACUUCCUUCCUGUGGAGCCAGCGCUCAGCCAGGGCCGUAUUAAGCAGCUACGAUCAGGUGCCUUGCAGAUUGAGCGGAGUGAAGAGACAGACCAGGGGAAAUAUGAGUGUGUAGCGUCAAACUCGCAAGGUGUACGCUACUCCUCCCCGGCCAAUCUCUACGUGAGAGUUCGUCGUGUACCGCCCCGUUUCACCAUCCUGCCCUCAAGUCACGAGAUUAUGCCAGGAGGAAGUGUAAAUAUCACAUGUGUAGCAGUGGGUUCCCCCAUGCCCUACGUGAAAUGGAUGCUGAACUCCGAAGACCUGACACCUGAAGACGAGAUGCCGGUCGGACGGAAUGUUCUGGAGCUGAAUGGCGUCCGUGAGUCAGCCAACUACACCUGCGUGGCCAUGAGCAGCUUGGGGAUUAUAGAUGCUGUGGCUCAGGUCAUCGUUAAAUCAUUACCCAGAGCUCCCGGCACCCCCAUCGUCACAGAGACAACGGCCACGAGCAUCACCAUCACCUGGGACUCUGGCAACCCAGACCCCGUAUCCUAUUACAUCAUCCAGUACCGGGCAAAAUCACCCGACAGCAAGUUCGAGACAGUGGACGGCAUCACGACAACGCGCUACAGUAUCGGUGGCCUCUACCCCAACACUGAGUAUGAGAUCCGUGUCUCUGCGUUCAACACCAUCGGCCAAGGCCCACCCAGCAACAAGGUGGACGCUAGGACUGGGGAGCAGGCACCAGCCAGCCCGCCUCGGAACGUCCAGGCUCAAAUCAUCUCACCCAGCGCAGUAACUGUCAGGUGGGAGGAGCCUGAAGAACCCAACGGCCAGAUAAAAGGCUAUCGAGUUUACUACACGAUGGACCCGUCGCAGCCAAUGAGCAACUGGAGGAUCCAUAAUGUUCAGGAUAGUGUGAUCACCACCAUCCAGAGCCUGGCUCCAUCUGAGACCUACACUAUCCGUGUGCUGGCUUUUACCUCUGUAGGAGAUGGACCCUUCUCUGACUCAGUGCAUGUUAAAGUCCUGCCUGGGGUCCCAGGACAGCCAGGGAGGUUCCGGGUGGGCAAAGUAAGAGAUACAAGCAUCGAGCUGAUGUGGGAUCCGCCAUUCUCAAAGGAACCCAUCAGGAGCUACGAGCUCAUUUACAGAGCCACCAAACACGGCACGCAGGAGAAGAAGGGCUUCGAGCCCAGGUCCUCGUAUGUUGUUGAGGGUUUGCGAGCAAACACCGAAUACACCUUCUCUCUGGCGGCCGUUUCCAGCAAAGGCAUUGGAGCCUUCACCAAUGAGAUCUUCCAGCGCACCGCACAAGCCAAUGUGCCGAGGAACUUCUCUGUGAAUCUGGCAACCAAGACAAGUGUGUUGCUGACGUGGGAGUUUCCGGAGAGCAGCUCCCCCUACCGCUUUACUGUGGAGUACAACCGUCAGAAGAUGGAAGUGGAUGCUCGCUUGAGGAAGGCCGUGAUCCCCAACCUGAUGCCUGACACCAGCUAUGAUUUUAAAAUCACCAGUCCUGAGGGCAACCUGGGUGGCCUGAGACACCGCAUCCAUGCCAAAACCUCACCUCCUAUGGUUAUCAAUCGGCCCGAGAUCGACCACAGCCGUGACACUGAGACCACCAUCACCAUCAUACUGCCCCCACUGGACACCAGGAACAAUAUCAGGAAUAUCUACGUGGUGGUGGUUCCGCUGAAGAGAGGCCGAGGAGGGAACCGGCAUCUCAAGAGCCCAGAUGAAAUGGACUUGGAAGAGCUGUUGAAGGACAUUAGCCAGAAGCACCAUGACCCACGGCAGAGGCAAGUGGAUCUGCGUCGUGCCUACAUCACCGCCCGCUUCACUCCCUCCACCCUGCCUGCGUUCUUCACGCUUGGGGACCAGUUGGACUAUGGUGGCUUUGAUAACCGCGCUCUGGAGUCCGGCCAGGAGUAUGUCUUCUUUAUCCUCGCUGAACUCAACUCCACCACUGGGAAGAUGUUCGUUGCCAGCCCUUACACGGACCCGGUCAUUGCACCUGACUCGGACCCACAGCCGCUGGAUGCUGGAGACGGACUCAUCUGGGUGGUGGGACCUGUUCUAGCCGUGGUCUUCAUCAUCUGCAUCGUCAUCGCUAUCCUGCUGUACAAGAACAAACCAGACAGCAAGCGCAAAGACUCUGAGCCUGGCACCAAGUGUUUACUGAACAACGCUGAAAUGAUGGCUCAUCACCCCACUGACCCCGUCGAGAUGCGACGCAUCAACUUCCAGACACCAGGUAUGAUGAGUCACCCCCCCAUCCCGAUCUCCGAGCUGGCAGAACACACCGAGCUUCUGAAGGCCAACGACAACCUCCGGCUCUCCCAGGAGUACGAGUCCGUUGAUCCUGGGCAGCAGUUCACAUGGGAGCACUCGAACCUGGAGGUGAACAAGCCAAAGAACCGCUAUGCCAACGUCAUUGCCUAUGAUCACACCAGAGUUAUCCUCGCACCAGUGAAUGGCAUUAUUGGUAGUGACUACAUCAACGCAAACUACAUCGAUGGCUACAGGAAGCAGAACGCGUACAUUGCCACACAGGGCCCACUGCCUGAGACGUUUGGAGACUUCUGGAGGAUGGUGUGGGAGCAGAGAGGUGCAUCGAUAGUCAUGAUGACUAAACUGGAGGAGAAAUCACGGAUAAAGUGUGAUCAGUACUGGCCCAGCAGAGGCACAGAAACGUACGGCUUGGUGCAGGUCACUCUGCUGGACACCAUGGAGCUUGCCACGUUUUGUGUACGGACGCUCUCACUGCACAAGAGUGGCUGUAAUGAGAGGAGAGAGGUGAGACAGUUCCAGUUCACAGCAUGGCCUGAUCACGGUGUACCCGAGUAUCCCACUCCAUUCUUGGCUUUCCUGCGCAGAGUUAAAGCCUGUAAUCCUCCAGAUGCAGGGCCUAUCAUCGUUCACUGCAGUGCGGGUGUGGGACGUACAGGCUGCUUCAUCGUGAUUGAUGCCAUGCUGGAGCGUAUCCGUCACGAGCGCACUGUGGACAUCUAUGGUCACGUGACUCUGAUGCGCUCUCAGAGGAAUUACAUGGUGCAGACGGAGGAUCAGUACAGCUUCAUCCAUGAGGCCCUGCUGGAGGCUGUCACCUGUGGCAACACUGAGGUGGCAGCACGCAGCCUCUACUCCUACAUGCAGAAACUGGCACAGGUGGAAAAUGGCGAGCACGUCACCGGCAGAGCACUGGAGUUUAAGCGCCUGGCGAACACUAAAGCUCACACCUCCAGGUUUGUGACGGCCAACCUGCCCUGCAACAAGUUCAAGAACAGGCUGGUAAACAUCAUGCCAUAUGAGACCACCCGCGUGUGCCUGCAGCCAAUCAGAGGCCUCGAUGGCUCGGACUACAUCAACGCCAGCUUUAUUGAUGGAUACAGGCAGCAGAAGGCAUACAUCGCGACACAAGGUCCUUUAGCGGAGACCACAGAGGAUUUCUGGAGGAUGCUGUGGGAACACAACUCCACCAUCGUGGUCAUGCUCACCAAACUGAGAGAAAUGGGGCGGGAAAAAUGUCACCAGUACUGGCCUGCAGAACGCUCUGCUCGCUACCAGUACUUUGUGGUGGACCCCAUGGCUGAGUACAACAUGCCUCAGUAUAUCCUGAGAGAAUUCAAAGUUACAGAUGCAAGAGAUGGACAGUCGCGGACAGUCAGGCAGUUCCAGUUCACUGACUGGCCUGAACAGGGAGUGCCAAAAUCAGGAGAGGGGUUCAUCGAUUUUAUUGGGCAGGUGCACAAAACCAAGGAGCAGUUCGGGCAGGACGGACCAAUCUCUGUCCACUGCAGUGCGGGCGUGGGUAGGACGGGUGUGUUCAUCACUCUCAGUAUCGUGCUGGAGAGGAUGCGUUAUGAGGGAGCUGUGGACAUCUUCCAAACAGUCAAAAUGCUGCGUACACAACGACCAGCCAUGGUGCAGACGGAGGAUGAAUACCAGUUCUGUUACCAGGCAGCCCUCGAGUACUUGGGAAGCUUCGAUCACUAUGCAACAUAAAAGGAGGAAGAACACAUUCAUCUCACCAACACCUGUCUCAAUGUUCUACAACGCUACAGAAAUUCUCUUGUUCCAUGAUGCCAUUGCGAAGGGGAACGUUUUGAAGUACGAUGACAUCGAAAAUAAAUUUGGAGGAGGAAAAAAAUGACAAACAACAAAAAAUUUUCUCUCAAGAGCUUCCCAGGGAAGUUCUGCAUCACAGCAAGCUUAUUACCUCAGUGUUCAUUUAUUGAUAUUAAUGUCGUGGUCGCCUUUUUAGAAAUAUUACAACGUGGAUAAAUAAAUAAAUGAAACCUCUUUCAAAACAAAACAAACAAAAAAAAUACGAUAUGGUAAAAAAAAAAUUCAAUAAGACGAACAAUGAAAUCAAACGCCUGGAAAAUUGCUGCACUCUUCACUGGGAGUUGAACCUGAACUGUAUUUGCCAAUGAAAAGGUCCAAGGUGAACUCCGGUCAGCUCCUGUAUGACGAAGGUUUUCAGUGCCGUAAAGGAAGCAGAACUCGUACCUUCUGUGCCUAAUGGAGCAACAAGAGCAGAGGGUCAAAGGUCAUGGAUCCUUUUGGUUUUGGAGGCGAACGGCUGUAUCACUGACUCUUCUUACAGUACAUUAGUAAUGUGAUAUAAUCAGCUUCAGUGUCUCUUUUACUCCUGGUCAGUUGGAGCGCUAUUGUGAUUGAACCUUGCCUUUGAAGAGCUGUCAGAUACGUCUCUAGAUUUUGUCGGUUUUCAACAGAGCGCCUGUGAAUACUGUUCUUCUGAUGUGUGUCACUCUUUCUCUUUCUCUUUCUCUUCCUUUCUCUUUCUCUCUCCACAAAUAUGCUGCUUAUACCCUGUGUGUGAGAAGAAAAUAUGAGUUAGCAACGGCUUGAAUUUAAUAAUCUCCUGAAAAUGUCAAAAAGUGGAGCUUUUUUUUUUUUUUUCCUUUUACAAGAUCCGAGAUUGGAGAUCAAGAAGCUAGUUUUGUUUGGGGCCAUGAAAAGACCGUUUACAUACAUACAAUAUUCUGUUCUGAUGUAAACACUAGGGACGGUAAUGACUAUAACAUGACUAUCCGUAUAUACCUUGGCAGAAAAUAUCAAGCUGAAGUAUUUCCAAUUCUGAUGGUCCUACCAACGCUCGUAAGAAGAAAAUCUCGCAAAGUAAAUCCUAGUAAAAACCGAAAAGCUUCUUAAAGCUGAAUAACAACCCUUGCCGAAAGCAAACACUGACUGACUGUAGAAGCCGGUACAAGUCAGUUAUUCCAGUCGUUCUUUCGCUUAAUGAAACUGAACUAGAAGAAAAUGUUAUGUUUUUGUUUAGUGGAGGAGUCGUGUGUAGGCGUAGCACAAAUGAGUUUCAUAUGAAUAGUUCCAGAGGAUUUAGCACAAGCCGUCUGAAACCGAGGAAGACGGAGGACAGUUUUCGUAGGUCUGAUAUUCUUCUCGUCAAGAGACUAAAAGUGAGCCUUAUUGUUGUCGUCAAAUAUUUAACCAACAUGAUUUUUUAUUUCUUUUUGCUGAUAUUAUGCUUGUAUUUUUAAUAAUAUUUAUAUUAUUUUUUUUGAAGUACUUGCUGGAAUAUAAUCGACGAGAUGUUGUGUAGUUGGCAAGCUACCGUGACUGUACAUGGUCCCUCUGUACGUUUUUUUGAUAUUUCCUGUACAGUUCUCUCUUAGAGCGUCUGUAGGAACAGUACAGCACAAGGCCUGGAAUGAGCUUGUUCCUAAAAAAAAAUUUUUUAAAUAAUCUCCCAGAAGAGCCCUGUCUGAUUUUGUAAAAAUGACCAUGUACCCUGUAUCUCGUCAGAAAGAUCAGCUCUCCAAAAUGUCAGUACUAUAAAUACAACUCAUCGAAAUAAAUCCAUCGACUUUUCGAGCCUAUUCUUUAAAGCACAUGCUGAUGG